AUGGCCUUCCGCAGAGCCAUUGGUGCCCGAGUCCUCGGAGGUUUGCCAAGAGGCACGAUGCGCCAUGCCGCAGGGCCGGAUGCCCCGCAGCGCGCUGCUGCAGGAGCGGGUGUACCUCCCUGGCGAGGAGGUUGGCACGAUAUGGUCCAGUACCACUUCUUUUUUGAAGACAUGUUCGUCCAGGCACGAGCCUUCCUGACGCCCAGUGUCGAAGAGCAUUCCCUCUGGAUCUUCGAUCAUAGCCAGCAGAAGGUGCAGGAGCUGGAAAACUGCAGCCAGCCACUGCAGCAAGCCGAGGUCGACUAUCUUCAUGUCUCCGGACCCCGGAUGCAGAUUGAAGACGGUGAUGGUGGAGGGCGCGUGUCACUGGACGGCGAG